AUGGCGCGGCUCGGGCGGCUUGGAUUUCUCGGUCUGGCGAUUGUCUUCCAUGUCAUCUAUGUUCUAUCGAUCUUCGAUGUCUACUUCCGCAGCCCAAUCGUGAGUGGCAUGAGAGCUUUCAGCGUCGAUUCACCUAAAGCUCCGGCCAAACGAUUGGUGUUGUAUGUCGGCGACGGACUACGAGCAGACAAGGCAUUCCAGUGGUUCCCAGACCCAUCACCCUCCGACAAUGACACCACGGCACUCGAGCCAAGGCCCUUGGCUCCAUUUCUUCGAUCGAAAGUCCUCCACGACGGAACCUUUGGAGUCUCACAUACCCGUGUGCCUACCGAAUCGAGACCAGGUCACGUAGCAUUGAUCGCAGGCUUGUACGAAGAUGUGUCCGCUGUCACCACUGGUUGGAAGCUCAAUCCAGUCAACUUCGACAGUGUCUUCAACAGGAGCAGACAUACAUGGCAAUGGGGUAGUCCAGACAUCCUGCCGAUGUUCUCGGCUGGUGCAAUACCCGGGCGAGUGACGGACGACACAUACGGAGCAGAGUUUGAGGAUUUCAGCAAGGAUGCAACGGAGCUGGACUACUACGUGUUCGAUCAUGUGAAGCAAUUGUUCAAGGGUGCUGAGGCGGAUGCUGCGUUGAAUGCGAGAUUGAGAGAGGACAAGGUGGUGUUCUUCUUGCACUUGCUUGGGCUGGAUACAACAGGCCACUCGUAUCGACCGUACUCGAAGGAAUAUCUGCACAACAUCAAAGUCGUCGAUCAGGGUGUGCAAGAGAUCACGAAAGUGGUAGAAGACUUUUACGGCGACGAUGAGACAGCUUUCGUCUUCACUGCCGACCACGGCAUGAGUGACUGGGGCAGCCACGGCGACGGACAUCCAGACAACACCCGCACUCCCCUCGUUGCAUGGGGUGCGGGUGUGGCGAAACCGAAGACUGUGCCAGGCGGCAAGGCGCCUGGACACGACGACGGCUUCUCGCACGAUUGGCAGCUGGAUCAUGUUCAACGCCACGACGUUGCACAAGCUGAUAUCGCAAUACUGAUGGCCAAUCUUGCCGGCCUUGAAUAUCCUGUCAACUCUGUCGGUGAAGUGCCGUUGUCUUUCCUAGCUGCCGAUGAUGAACAAAAGGCGAAAGCCAUGCUCGUGAAUGCUCGCCAGAUUCUCGAAAUGUACCAUGUCAAGGAGGUCCAGAAGAGUGCACAAGUGCUACGAUACAAGCCGUACGGACGCUUCGCUUCUGCAAAUCAAACCAUCGAGCGACGACUAGAGCACAUCGAAGGCAUAAUCGACAAUGGCAACUAUGAGCUGGCGAUUGCACGCUCAGACGAGCUGAUACAGCUUGGUCUUCAAGGCCUGCGAUAUCUGCAGACGUACGAUUGGCUUUUCUUGCGCACAUUAGUGACGCUUGGCUACGUCGGCUGGAUCGCUUUCGCCUUCACAACUGCGGUAGAUGCUUUCGUGCUGGAUGGCAGUGUCGAUGCAACACGCACGACCAUGAGUAUAGUCUCUUUUGGCUCGAUACUUGUGGCAUUGUACAGCUUUCUGCUUGUUCAAUCUAGCCCGCUUACAUACUACCUGUAUGCCUCCUUCCCGGUCAUGUUCUGGGAAGAAGUAAUUGUGCGCCGGCGAGCACUUGUCGAGGGCAAGAACAAGCUCUUUGCGAAGUUCUCGCAGCAAGAUGUGGUGAAGCUUGCGCUGUAUGUCGGAGCUUAUCUGGCAAUUCUAGAGGUGAUGGUGCAAAGCUACUACUAUCGAGAGAUUUACUCGAUCUGCUACAUCGUUGGUGCGGCGUGGCCUGCACUGUACGGCACCGACUUCAUCAGCGACAAUAUCCUCUUGUGCGCCACAUGGGCUCUUGGAUGCCUUUCCAUGAGCAUCUUCACCUUCCUCCCGGCAAUCAAGACUGAAGACGCAACCAUGAUCAUGCUUGGUGGUGGACUCAUGCUCGUCCUGGGUAUGCUGUAUAUUGCGUUCGAGAAGGGCCUUCUUUCUGCCAGUGUUGCGAAGAAGGAAGGACUUGCAGCUCCCAAAGCAGAUGGUAUCAGCAGAUCGAUACUCGGUGUGCAGGUUGGACUCAUAGCACUUGCUAUCUCGUGGGGUGGUUUACACUUGCACCAGCACUCCGGCACGAUGGCGGACACUGCCCCUCCUGCCGAGCCUGCACCUUCCCCAGCUCCAGCUGCUGAACCCGCUCCCGAAUCACCUGCUGAGAAGGAAAAGGAAGAAAAGGAAAAGGAGGAGAAGGAGGAAAAGGAGAAGGAGGAAAUGGAAAAGGAAAAGGUGAAGGAGGAAAAGGAAAAGGAAGAAAAGGAGAAGGUAGAAAAGGGGAAAGAGGAAAAGGGAGAGGAAAACGUGGAGAACGAGAAAGAAGCCAAGGAGCCUGUGGUAAAGACAGCCGCCGAAAAGGACCAUGCUGAGGGAGGGAAGGCUGCAAAGGAAAAGGUAGAACCAGCUGCCCCUCCUGCUCUCGAGACGGAAGUCAAGAAGGUCACUGUCGUCACCCAAGCAGCAGAUCUGACGCCGCAGCCAAUUCCCGAACAUGAGCCUGCGCCUAAUGUGUUCGUCAUCCCAGCCGCAUCUACCGCUCCGGGUAUCGUCGUGAUCCAGCCGACACCAGUCACCACGCCCGCUGCUACGGAGAUCAAAGCAGACCCUCUGGCUAGCAAGAUCAUACCCACGGCAACUUCUCAGAAAGCAACACUACCGUCCGUUACAGGAGCGAGUGCGCCCAGCACGACCAUUGAGACCACGACUGUCAAGCCAGCUUUGAAGACCCCGGAGAAGAAGUCUAUCACGAUCAUCCCACAGGCAUCGACAGGAACCAUGAAGACGGGUGGGACUUCAGCUUCACAAAGCACCACUGUCGACCACGGCGAUACGCAUAGCCUACGGCCAAAAUCCCACCGACUGGUCAGCCCUUUCCGACGUCACUGGGCCCGCUUCAUGCAGUUCUUCCACCGCAAAUCACUCUCGUCCCUUGGAAUACCGUUCCUUCACGCCCUACAACCUAACAAACACUACCUCCACCGUCUGGUCGUCAUUUUCCUGGCGUUUGCACCUACCUUCAUCAUCCUCACCAUAUCCUACGAAGGCCUCUUCUAUCUCGCCAUCACCAUUACGCUCGUCUCCUGGGUCAGACUUGAGCAUCGCAUAUAUCAGCGCUUCUCCUCCGCUCCCGCUCGCGACCCUACAAAACCUCGCGCUCUCGCACUAUCAGACGCUCGGAUCUGCCUCUUCUUCCUCUUCCUCCUCCAAUCGGCUUUUUUCAGCGCUGGCAACAUCUCCAGCAUCUCCUCUUUCUCGCUUGACGCCGUAUACCGCCUUAUACCCAUCUUCGACCCUUUUAGCCAAGGCGCCCUCCUCGUCCUCAAGAUCCUCGCACCUUUCGCACUGGUUUCCGCGAACCUCGGGAUACUGACCAAGCGCUUACAGCUGCGGAGUGGGAGUCUUUUUGCGGUGGUCAUGGGCAUUGGGGACUAUUUGACGCUGAGAUUCUUUUGGGAGGUCAGGGACGAGGGAAGCUGGCUUGAUAUUGGGGAGAGCAUCACGACUUUUGUGAUUGCGAGUUUGCUCUGUGUUUUUGUGGCUGCGCUGGAGGCAUUGAGCGAGGUGUUCACGAAGGGUAUAGAGUUCUGA